AUGCAUCCUCUUGUUUCUGUGUCUUUAAUUGUCGUGUUUGUGCAGGGAGUUUUUUGUGGGGCUAGAUUUACAACACCGCUGGGUUCAGCCAAGUGGUUCGGAAAUACAGUCCAAUCGGUAUGUUGGACUGGAUUUGAGGGUGAAACUCCAGAUACACCGGUCCAUCUGCUCAUCAAGGCCUGUGAUGGAGGGGUUGCCGAUCUUGGCGAAGUUGAUAUUGCCUCUGGAUAUCAUAGCAUAUAUGUGCCAGGAGACUUAAAAGAUGGAUCCUACACAUUUGUGCUCAGCCAAAAAGAUGGCAAAAACCCGGCUUUCCCAGUUGAAUCGGGGAAUUUUCUGAUUGAGCAAGUCGGUUAUGCAGCGAACCCUUCAGCGCCAGUUUUCGUUUUAGAAUAUCCCAAGAAAAAUAAGGAAUCCAACGAAACAGUGGCAGUCUCAGGGGAUACGUUUGAAGAAUCUCAAAACGGAUCUUUGUCGGUUAGCAAGGUAGCACAAAUCCAUUUACAUGUAGGCCUUGAUGUCUCUAUCCGCCCUAAUACUUUCGGUGGUUUUUUGCUUUGA